AUGACGACGUCUGCGGCUGUCAUCGCCGCCCUCUACCAGGACAUGGGCGGACAGGUCCGAGAGUCAGUCAUCAACGGCAUCUGGUACGAAGCCCUCCGGAUCCAAUUCCCCUCGCCGGCCUUCAUCAUCGCGCCCGAGUACUACACGCCGCUCGGCACGCGGGUCGACCUCUGCGUGCUGGAGAGGGUGCCGGGCGGGCCGCGGCCCGUCUUCGCCUUCGAGGGCAAGCAGGGUCCGAUGAACCAGACCCAGUGGACGGCCGACGUGGGACAGGCCGCCGGCUACAUCUCGCAGAUGACGCCGCUGCACAACGGCCGGCGCUACGGCAUGCUGGCGUCGGGCGACGGCUUCAUCAUUCUCGAGUACACCCCCGGCGGGGGGCAGAACCAGGUGCUCAAGGUCACCGGCGCCAACUUGGCGUCCGCCUACAACACGACGCCCUGGGACGCGUACGCUCAGCGGGCCAAUGUCGACGCCAUCGUCGGGGCGAUUGCUCAAGUGGUUGCACACACGGCGUAG